UUUAUCUCUCUCGGAGUUACGAUAGAGCUUUGGGGUGCUUUUGUGCAGCUCUAAUCCUGGAUAUGAUUAAUGCCACAAUUACUAGAGGAUCUCGCAGGGGAUAUGGGCAACAGGGAUCUUAGCAAAGACAUUUUGGAAAUGCUACACAUCAGUAAGCUGUCGGUGCCACACCCGGCAAAACCACACCCAUACACGAAGUGCAUUUACCAGCUGCUGGCGAUGCAAGAGUCCAGGCACAGUAGCGAUGGUCCCGUGGUGCAAAGUUUCUGCAGUAUCCAAGGAGCAAAAGACAACACAUCAGGUUGGACCUGGUUCAGUGUGUCCCACCUGAGGCCCUCCAUAACCGUUGCCGAGCUGGUCCUACUGAGGAGGUCUCUGCACCCUGAGCCCCUGAGUGUGAUGGUAGCUGUGCACAGCCUCUCCCCUGGAGCCGGCAACAAGCGCAUGAGUGGCCUGCCCUCCGAUCAGCUGCUGAGCUUGAACGAGCUCCCGCCGUUGGGCUACGACAUGUUCAACGUGAUGGCCACACUGAAGCCUCCCCGGCACCGGCUCGAUAUGCUAGGAUUCCAGCUGCGCUUCGGGGACAAGGGGAGCAGUCUGGUGCUCCAUGAGGCCCUGACACAGAGCCCGUACUGCCUGAAUGGGAGGUCGGUAAGCCAGCCAUUGCUGGUGGCCUAUAGGGUCAGGCCAGCAGAGAUGCUGCCGUGGCCGAACUCAGAGCACAGACAGAGGCACCACUUUGGGGCCAGUGCUCAACGAGGAGCAAGGCGACAGAGGAGCACCAUCGGAACUGCAUGCAGGCUUUAUGAAUGCCACAUUAACAUUCAUUAUAGUGAACUCAGUCAGUGGAUCCUGCAGCCAGUGAGGAUUAACCUCAGUUUCUCCAGGGGUAUGUGCCUAACAGAGAAGUCAAAAAUCUGUGUUGAAACACAAAAACAAAAUAAAAAACACAGUGAAAUGUCAACCUGCACAUCACAGGAGUAGUCUCCUGUGAUGGUGAUGUAUCGGAGCACCACAGAUGACAUCAUUAUAAAGGAGUUGAAAGACCUCAGGGCAGAGAGCUGUGCCUGCCCAUAA